GUACCACAGGUCCCCAUGGAGCAGCUCCCAAGCCGGUGCUGCGGAGCUUCGGAGCGGCGUCGGCAUCUGGAGGUCACCACCAUGCAGGAGAGCUACGAGUCCCUGAUCCUACUGGAUUUCCCGGUUCCCAAACCCAACGUCAUCUCCCGGUUGGAACUGGAGGAAGAGUUGGGGGUCCCGGAUCCCAAUGACUCCAAGGAAUGGGAGAUCCUUCGGGUGGCUCCAACAGCAGACGAUGGAACGGGAAGCGAGAACGAAGAGGCGGAUCCUCCUGAGCCCGAUGGCUCCGAGUUGGCCCAACGGGAUGUCCUCCUGUCCCAGGGCGCCGAGGAAGGUCUUCCCGAGCCCUCCCUCCUUGGAGACACGUGCCAGAGCCCCUGGAAGCCCCGGAGCUCCGCGGAGGAGCCUCUGCCGUUGCGCCCCCGCGGCCGAGGAGGUCGUCGCCGUUGCGCCGCGGCCAAAUCCUGCCGGCAGUGCGAGAAGACCUUCUCCCGGCGCUCGGAGCUUCUCGUCCACCAACGGCUCCACACGGGGGAGAAGCCCUACAAGUGCCUGGACUGCGGGAAGAGCUUCACGCGCAGCUCCAACCGCAACGCCCACCAACGCCUCCACCGCGGGGAUCGGCCCCACAAGUGCGGCGACUGCGGGAAGAGCUUCGGCCAAAGCUCCGAUUUGGCCAAACACCAACGGCUCCACGGCGGCCAACGGCCCUACGGCUGCUCCAAGUGCGGGAAGAGCUUCAGCUGGAGCUCCGACCUGGUGGUCCACCAACGCAUCCACACCGGCGAACGCCCCUACGCGUGUCCGCAGUGCGGCAAAAGCUUCAACCGGAGCUCCAACCUCAACAGCCACCGCCGCAUCCACUUGGGCGAACGCCCCUACGAGUGCGGGGACUGCGGGAAGAGCUUCAGCUACAGCUCCGCCUUCCUCAAGCACCGACGGAUCCACACGGGAGAGAAACCCUUCCAGUGCGACGGCUGCGGGAAGAGCUUCUUGGAGAGUUCGGCUCUGAGCCGACACCGACGCGUCCACAGCGGCGAAAGCCCCUUCCGGUGCGGAGAGUGCGGGAAGAGCUUCAAGCAGAGCUCAACGCUCCUCACCCACCUCCGCACUCACAGCGGAGAGAAGCCCUUCCAGUGCGGAGACUGCGGGAAGAGCUUCGUGGUCAGCUCGGCUCUGCUCCGGCACCAACGGAUCCACCUGGGCGGAAAACCCUUCUCCUGCUCGGAUUGCGGCAAAAGCUUCGGCCUCAGCGCCCAUUUGCUGCGGCACCACCGGCGCUCCCACCCCGGCGAGAAAGCGCCGUCGGUGACCAUUCCCAACACGUGCGCCGAGUGCUGGCAGAGCUUCAGCCAAAACUCCGAUCUGGUGAAGCACAUGCGGAUCCACACCGGCGAGAAGCCCUACGCCUGCGCGCACUGCGGCAAACGCUUCAACGUCAGCUCCAACCUCAUCCGCCACCAACGCAUCCACACCGGCGAGAAACCCUACGGCUGCGCCGACUGCGGCAAAAGCUUCACCGACAAAUCGACGCUGACCCAACACCGCCGGAUCCACACCGGCGAGAAGCCCUACGCCUGCGCCGACUGCGGCAAAAGCUUCAGCCGCAGCUCCCACCACAAACGGCACCAGCGGACGCACGCCGGGCAGAGCGCCGCCGCCGCCGCCGCCAUGCUGCCGCUCUGGCCCUGUCCCGACGCCCCGCGGUAGGCGGGAGGGGCGCCGGGAGGAGGAGCGCCACCAGGCGGCAGCGGGGACGCGGCGGGGGGGGACCGG